GCAUCCCCCCCCUCGACCAAUCCAACAUGGCGCCGUAGGGACGUUGUUAUUGUUCCGUCGCUCCGACAAGCUUUUGCAGUACGACGAAUAUUACAAAGGAAAAAAAAAGACCGAACGUGUUCAUGCGGGCAUGAGAGUAACAUCUGGAGAUAAUGCUAAGAUCCACCGGCUUCUUCCGAGGGAUUGACUGUCCGUUUUACGCGGAGUACAGCGAGGGCAAAGGAAGCAGAAAUGGGUGCAACAGACCGUACUGUCACUUCAGGCACAGCCAGCAGAGACGGUCGUCCUACGGAGCUCCAGCAGAUGUUAAAAAGCAAAGAGACCUUCACUCCGCACAGAAAGAUCAAGGUUAUGAUCCCUUCAACCCAGAAGUUGUGAGGCCUGAGGAGCAGCAGAAUGGAAAGCCAGCUGCCUCAGGAGACCUCAGUGGUGCUCUGGAACUGGUCAACAAGGCCAUCGAGGAGGUCCGGAGCGAGGUGGAGAGGGAGAAGAAGAAGCUCUCUCGGAUUGGGGAUGAACCAUACAAUCCCAGCAGGAGUACCAAUUUGUCUUCAUCUGAUGUUGUUAAAAGUAAAACACCACCUUCACACAUGGCCUAUGACCCUGGGAGUUAUCAGAUGACAUUGGGAGGUUAUAAUCCCACCCCUGGCUGCAGCAAGUAUACUUUGGAUUCAGACAACCAGGGGAACAAUAGUAACUCCAUGGAAUAUGUUCCUUCUUCAGUGAAAAAGCCUCCAUCUCGGACACACACACACCAACUCCCCUCUCCUCCCCCCAGUCCAAAGUACUCCAACAGCACAUCCUCCUCUAAGUGUAAAUACACUGUGGACAUUUCAAAACCAUCUACAGAUAUGGAGUAUGACCCGCUGUCCAACUACGCGGCAGGAAUCACAGUGAAACGCAAGAGGGACAAGUGUGCACAAGCUGUUAAGACGAUGGGAAGGAAGACACACAAAUUACCAGGAUCAGAUAUGUCAGAUGAGGAGUGUGUUGUAGCUGUGAAAAAAACACGACAGCAGAGUGUAGAUUCAAAGAAAUACACUUUCUCUAACUCUGAUGGGGAGAGCUCUGGAACAGAGUAUCGACCCACGUCACUUAGUAAUCUCCAGCGGAGAAAAGGCAACAGUGGGUCACUUUGGGAUGCUGUGGGGAAGGAGAGAAAAGAGAGAACUGAAAGUUUGCUUAAUGCACUGACACAGAGAAAUAAAGAGGACUUGGCAGGGGACUCGGACGUCCCGGAAGAUAUUAAACGAAAGGACAGCCUAGAGAAAAAGAAGGUGGCUAGUCGAACUAGUCAUGAGAAAAGUGGCAAAUCUGAGAAAGUGCAUAAACUUGAAAAGGAAGUAAACAAAACAACUGGUAGUAAGAGUAGUAGCAGCAGCAGCAGUAAAGACAAAGGGUCAAUGAAGAACUCAAACCAGGACUCUGCAAAGAAAGAGAACAAGAGUCAUGGAAAAAGAGAUGAUAGGAAAAACACAGUUAAGGUUAAGACAUCUGAUAAAGUUCAGAGGGAAGUAAGAGAUGAAAAGAGAAGUGAUGGUAAGGUCAAAGCUGUGGGAAAAGUAAAAACAGACUCAAGCAAACGAGAUAAAGAUACAGAAAAUGGUGCAAGGGAAAGCAAGAAACCCAAGAUAUCAGACAAGGAAAAGGAACUCAGCAGGUAUAAGGACCGCCAACACAAAAAUGGUAAACUUGAUAGCAGUAAAAGAGAAAAGGAUGUAAAGAAAUUUAGUAAAAGCAGUUCUAGUAGCGCGAGCAGUAGUAGUAACAGUAAAGGUAGUUCUGCAAACAGUAAAGAUAAGGUGAGGCAAAACAUCAGCUCAUCAAAUGGGAAAAGACUUGAGGACAAACGGCGAAGUCUGAGUCUCAGCCAUGCUGAUCUGUUUGGAGAUGAGAGCCCAGAGGAGGCCGAACCGAUAGAGGUGGAUGAUGAUGAUGAUUACGACGACGACGACGACGAGGAACCCGAAGAAGUGCUGGUGAGAAAAUCUGCUGAUGCUUUAAAGAGGGGACGUCUGAACAAGAGGAAAGCGUCAGAGCUGACUCCGUCUUCCACUGACGAUGAGGAUGACGGUGGUGUGGAGGGCAGCAGGCCAGGUAAGGACGAGGUUGAUGCUGUUGGAUUCGACUUUUCUAGUUUCCAGGACGAUCUGGACUUUGACUCAGAUCCCAUGGAGGAGUGUUUGCGGAUCUUUAAUGAAUCCAAGGAAGUGAAGAGGGAAGACAAGGGAAGGCAAACUAAACAGCCCUCUAGGGAUUCAGAGGACGAGAAAAGCACAGAGAGCACUUUAACCACUCUCUUUCCCGGUCAAAAGAAGAGAGUCUCCCAUUUUGUUGCCAAAGGAAAUACUGACGCACCUUCAAAAAAAAAUGUGAUGCGGCCGUACAAGAGACUCACAGCCCAGGAGGUCUGCUACCAGCGUAUGCAGAUGGCACAGCAGCAAGCUGCUCAGCUUUCUGCUUCAGUCAAAGCUGAUCCACAGAGCUCCAGCGCCAGCUUUUCUGGAGAGAGGAAGAGAAUAGCGCACCGCCCCAACCCACAGAUAACAUCCUCUAAAACAACUCCUGCAGAUGUUACACCAGCUGCCAGUCGAGUGUUAUCCCCCAGCCAGACCCAUCAGACUGUCAAGGCCCAAACCACCGCUGGCAUCUUGUCCAAGACCGUGUCCACUGUCAUGCAGAAGAGGGUGGCGCACACACCCACCAUGAAGAGUGGUUCAAUGAAGCGCCCCAUCAUCCCCACUGAGUUUGGGGCCAAAGUUCCCACCAACAUCCGCCAGCGCUACCUCAACACUUUCAUAGAUGAAUGUGUCAAAUUUUGCCAAUCAGAGGACGUUGCCUUCCAGAUGGCCCUUGAUGAGGAGAAACUUGUGUAUGAGCGCAGUAGCAGCAAGAACAUCUACCUCAAUGUCGCUGUCAACACUCUGAAGAAGCUCCGCUCCAAGAGCAGCUCCUGUGCAUCGCCUGUCACCAAGGACCCAGGGUCAGUUGCGAACAGGAGGGCCCAGUCCCACGAGGAAGUUCUGGGAGGUCGUCUUGCUGCUACAACCAGCUUCACUGUCAACAGGAUGGGUAAACAGCAGGAGGAGAAACUCAUUGGAGCCACACUGUACAGGAAGCUGAAGGCGUACAUGAUGACGGAGGAGCAGCUUCAGGAGCACGGAUACCCGAGAACGAACCCUGAGGCUCCCGGCAAAGCCGUCAUAUACAACCUCCCAGAGAAAAAGGCCAUUUCAGACCCGCUCAACAAGAUAUGCUGUCGAUGUGGAGCAGAGUAUAAGAUCAAUGUCAAUGGCAACUGUAUACGGAAAGAGGAAUGUAGCUUUCACUGGGGACGAUUGCGGAGACAUAAAGUCGCUGGAGGCUGGGAGACCAACUACAGCUGCUGUGCUGCAGCUGUGGGCACGCCAGGUUGCCAGGUUUCCAAGCAACAUGUUCAGGACGGGCGUAAAGAGUCAUUUGAUGGCUACGUCACAACGUUCAGUAAAGCUCUCCCACCAGAUGGCAAUGGAGGGGUAUUUGCUUUGGACUGUGAGAUGUGUUACACAAGGCAGGGCCUGGAACUGACGAGAGUGACAGUCAUUGACUCUGAGAUGAAAGUCAUCUACGACACAUUUGUCAAACCUGAAAGCAAAGUGGUUGAUUACAACACACGAUUUUCAGGUGUGACGGAGGAGGACUUGGAGAACGUCACCAUCAGUCUGAGAGAUGUUCAGGCAGUGCUGCUCAGUAUGUUCAGUGCUGAAUCCAUCCUCAUAGGACACAGUCUGGAGAGCGACCUGCUCGCUCUGAAGCUAAUCCACAGUUCAGUCGUAGACACGUCCAUCGUGUUCCCUCACCGCCUCGGCUUGCCCUACAAACGUGCCUUGAGGAACCUGAUGGCCGACCACCUCAAACGCAUCAUCCAGGACAACGUGGAGGGCCACGACUCGAGCGAAGAUGCAUCUGCCUGCAUGGAGCUGAUGAUUUGGAAGAUCAAGGAGGAUGCAAAGGUCAAAAGAUGACCUCUGACCCCUCUACUCCACUUUUCUCCGUUCAGCUUUUUGCCUUCAUGUUGGUUGCAGGGAGACAGAUAAGUUCAGCAGGCCUGCACCUGCUCCCAGAGAGUUAAGGUCAGAGUUUCGGGGAGGGAGGGAUGAUUCAGCACAGUUGGAAGUUUUCAGCAGAAAAAGAGCCUACUGUCGUUGCUACCUACUGGACUGAAUAAGAGAACUGCCAGUCCCUUCAAAGCAAUAGAAGCCCAAAUUAACAGUGUUUUCAUUUGCUUGUUGGUAUUUCAGUUCUAAAUAAUGUUAGUUAAAAUGUAUUUCUGUUUAUUUGAGCAGUGUCUGUUAAGGCCUCAAACAAUUUAUGAAUAAAACCUUUCUAUAGAAGAACUACUUAAAAUGCCAGGACAUUGUCCGCUGAACAAUGAUGAUUAAUAUGAUAUUCAUGCCAGGCUGUAUCUUCAGCCUAAAUUGCACUAUAGAAACGCUCUUGUUGUAUAGGGCCCAAGUCUGAGUACCUCUGUGUUAUAAAGCAUUCACUUCUAAUGAAUAACACAUUACUUGUUCUUAGUUACACUUGAGUGCAUUUAUGUCUAGUCUGUCGAACAUUGCUAUGUAAAUGCACUUGUGUUUUUCACAUUGCACCCCGUCACUGAUGCUCUGUUGAAGGUGCGACUCUUAUCGAGUUGUUUCUUGGCCUCUCAAACCUGACUAAUCCUAUAAUACUUGAUCUUAUAAAAGACCCUCAGCAGAAAUGUGAAGUCUCUGCUACCUACUUAUUUGGUAUAGUUGAUGGAAUAUAUCACUGUAUUUUAUAGUCCAGACAAAAUACUGACUAUAUCCACAACUGUCUCUGUGUCAUGUGCACUGCAUGAAAUAAAACAACAGGAAUCAUUGUGAUAGCAGGUAUGAUAUGUUAUUCCUCCAUAAAGACAAAAUUAGGUUCAGUAUUGUUGAAUUAGGCCUGGGUUAUUAAUUACAGACAAUUAUCAUUUAGUGAGUACCAGCUAACCUGUGCUGUUUUAUGUUGAAAACGACGAGUUCUGUACAUACGCUGUAAGCAGUUUCCUUUUGUAUUUGUUAAUUUUUUGUUGUUUAUCUUUUUCUAUUAAAAGGUAUUAGUUAAAAGAA